ACGAGGGAAAAAAAAAAAAAAAAAAAGAAAAAAAAGAAAACAGAAAAGACGGCUGGUGGCUCCUAUUGAGCAGCGACAAACCUCGAUUUUCGGAAAUUCAACAACCAAUAAUCCCAUUCCCUUCCUUCUCACCCUCCUCAACAACAUUCAACAAAUAACACCCUUCUUCUUCUUCUUCUAAAUACAUACACUCAUUCAUCAUGCCCUAGCUUCCUCUUCUAUUUCUAUAUAUAAUAUGAAGCAGCAGCAGUAGCAGAGCAGAGCUGACUAAUAGCUUUUCCCAUUCUCAUGGCCUACUUUCGCAGGCUUCUUCUUCCUCUUCGCUCUUCCCUUCACAGGUCGAGCUUUCCAUUUCAUGGACAUGGAGAAGGAUGCGGAGGAAGCUGUAGGAGUUACGGUUCAAUUGCUUUAUCCGAGCAACCGAUGAUGAAAAGUGAGAGUGGAUAUAAUAAUAACAAUAAUAAUAAUAAUAAUAAUAAUAAUCCAGAGGAAGUAGAUGCAGUGCUUCACGAUGAUGAGAUUGAGAAGAUUCGCCAAGAAUUCAUUGCCGCCAAAAAGAGUUUCCUUAAGAUCCCUGAGGCUCUCAAAGAAAUGCCAAAGAUGAAUCCCAAAGGGAUUUAUGUGAAUAAGAAUUUGAGGUUGGACAAUGUUCAAGUUUACGGAUUCGAUUACGACUACACAUUGGCACAUUACUCCACAAAUUUACAGAGCUUGAUAUACGAUCUUGCAAAAGAGCAUUUGGUUAACGAGUUUCGCUAUCCUAAGAUUUGUGCGGAAUUUAAGUAUGAUCCAACUUUUCCCAUCAGAGGAUUGUACUAUGAUAAGCUCAAAGGGUGUCUCUUGAAGUUGGAUUUCUUUGGAACAAUAGAGCCAGAUGGAUGUUACUUUGGUCGUCGCAAGCUGAGCAGGAAGGAAAUAGCAGAGAUAUAUGGCACUCGACAUAUUGGCCGUGAUCAAGCACGGGGGCUUGUUGGUCUGAUGGAUAUCUUUUGCUUUAGUGAGGCAUGCCUCAUCGCAGAUAUUGUGCAACAUUUUGUUGAUGCUAAGCUGGAAUUUGAUGCUGGUUAUGUCUAUCAAGAUGUAAAUCGUGCAAUUCAGUAUGUCCACCAAAGUGGCUUGGUUCAUGGAGGAAUUCUUUCUGAUCCUAACAGAUACCUUGUUAAAAAUGGUCAGCUUUUACGCUUUCUAAAGAUGCUGAGGGAAAAGGGGAAAAAGCUAUUCUUGCUCACUAACUCACCAUAUUACUUUGUGGAUGGAGGGAUGCAAUUUAUGUUGGAGGAUUCUAUGGGUCAAAGAGACUCUUGGAGAGAACUUUUUGAUGUUGUAAUAGCUAAAGCAAAGAAGCCAGAAUUCUACACAUCUGAGCAUCCAUUCCGUUGUUAUGACACAGAGAAAGACACAUUAGCAUUCACAAAGGUGGAUACAUUUCUUCCAAAUAAAAUAUAUUACCAUGGAUGCCUUAAAUCCUUCCUCCAGAUUACAAAGUGGAAUGGCCCAGAGGUGAUAUACUUUGGAGAUCAUCUAUUUAGUGAUCUGAGAGGGCCUUCAAAAGCUGGUUGGCGUACUGCUGCUAUCAUCCAUGAACUUGAAAGUGAAAUCCACACACAAAAUGAGGAUGCUUACCGUUUUGAACAGGCAAAAUUUCAUAUAGUACAAGAAUUGCUCGGUAAAUUGCAUGCAAUUGUACCAAAGAAUCAGCAAAGUGAAGCCUGUAAAUUGCUGCUGGAGGAUCUAAAUGAAGAGAGGCAGAAAGCACGCCACAGAAUGAGGGGAAUGUUUAAUAGAUUUUUUGGAGCCACUUUUCUAACUGAUACAGGUCAAGAAUCUUCGUUUGCCUAUCAUAUCCAUCGAUAUGCAGAUGUAUAUACCAGUAAACCAGAGAAUUUUUUACUGUAUUCACCUGAGGCAUGGCUUCAUGUACCCUUUGAUGUCAAGAUUAUGCCACAUCAUUUGAAGGUUCCCACAAGCUUGUUCAAGGACGAAUGAAUAUAACUUUUCUACAUUGGUUAGAGGUUAGCUAUUUUGCACCUUCUCCAAUUGCUUGAUACCAAACGCGGUGAGUAAAGGUUGCACAUUUGUUCCACGUUUCAAAAAUAACACUACUGUAGUAUCCAUGCCUUAAAAUCUUGGCCGGACAUAAAUGAUAGAAAUAUUCAUUGUAAAGUAAAUGUGUAGAAUGCACAUUUUUUCAUUCUUCCAAUUUCAUAUUGGCGCCACAAAAAACUAGGGAAGAGCGAAUGAGGAAUUGUUUAUUGCUUAUAUAA